UCUGAAGUUGAAGUGGUGGGUGGCGGGAGUCUGUCAAGUGUCAGGGCCGGAGAAUGACUUGAGAAGGUGUUGGGUUACAUGGUUAAGAGAGGAUACAAGUAACGUUAACAGUUCCCAACAUUGGAGGAACAGAAGGCGUCUUGAAUAACUGAUGGAGAUGGCUGAAAGAGCAGAGACAGAGUACACAGAAUCAGACACAUUUUGUGAUUCACCCAGGAGAGGAAAAAUCAAAAAAUCAAAGAAAGACAAAUGUCUAAAAAAGAACAAAACCCACAGGACAGAGUUGAAAGACACUGGUAUUGAAGACAAAAAGAAAACCAAAAAGGCCAAAGGUAAUAGGAAGAAGAAAAAGAAAGGAAAAGUAGCCCUGGGAUUACAAGAUAGCUAUUUUCUUUUUGAGGGAAACAGUGCACCAAACUCUCCAAUAAAGCCAAUUAAGUCUAGGGGGAAGUCCACUGUAAAAUUCGCUGUAAAACAUUACAUUAAGAAACAGGAACCUGUGCCAGUGGUUAGUGACUUAGUGAAGGUACGCAAGAAGAAGGCCCAGAGAAAAAAGAAAGUUGCAUUUGAUUUAAUCCCUGAUUACAUACAAGCAAAACAGCCAGAAGUAGUUAAGUGUUGCACCUCAACAACCAAAGAUACUUUCCCCUGGGAAAGCCCCAAGAGUGACAAUGAAAGCAACUUUUCUGGGACUUAUCAGUGGGGAGAGGGGCAAGAACAGGGAACAGAGUAUGGAAAGGGACAAACCAACUCUCAAAGUACUGCUGAAGAUGCUAACAGUGAGGACCUGUUCAUAACUCAGAAGAAAUUCAGAGUACUAACAUCUUCAGAUCACUCCAGCAGUGGAGGCACUGGUGAAACCAACACCACAAAAUUGGCCAGGCAUACCAAGUCACUCAUAGAGCCAAAAGAGGAGCCACUGCUCUGGAAGUCAACAUCUGAGACAGCCACUCAAACAGAGAACUUCUUUACCUCAGAGAUCUCCACAUUCCUCAGGUUUCACCAGUCGUGUGGAGCUGCCGAGUGCUCAGAGCAACCUACUGACCUGUCUCUCCCUAACAGGACGAGGGCAGAGAUGGGCAUACAUCCCCCAUCUCAAAGAAAAGCCAAUGAAGAGGAAACCAGCCCCCCACUUGGCCAGAAGUCAGAAACAACGUCAAGUGAGGAGAAUGACCCAUUCUGGCGGUGCAAGAGUCAAGUUAAGGCAGUUCAGAUGAGACUGAAUGAAUCUUUCUUCUUUAAGAUGAAGGGCGAGGGACAGUCCCCAAGACCACAAUCUCCCUUGAUGAAACUUACACAGGCCUGUGGUAGGAAGAAAACAAAAAAGUAA